AAAUACAUUGAUUUUUUUUUCUCUUUCGAUCAUCACGAACCAUCAUCGUCUUUAACAUUUGAUGGUUGUCAGAAUUUGUUUCACCUCAUCAUCAUUUGAAAUUGAAAACUUGAAGCCAGUUUUUUCUAUUCGUAUGUUCGACAAUAACAACAACAAUUGUUUUCUUAUAAACCACGAAAUUUAUAAAGAAAAAUUCCUUCAUUCAUUCAUCAACAAUCACGAAAUUUUUCUUUUGCUAUUAACAGGAUCAAACCAAAAAGAAGAUCAAUCAACAAUGAGUGUAUUGUCUAGUGGAAUGGUUGUCGGAUCCGGAUUAGAGCCAACACAUUCUUAUCUAAGUAAUAGUUCAAAUUCAUCACCGGCUCGUACAUCACCAACAAAUUCAUUAUAUUCGAAUAUAGUCAAUAUGAAUCAUAAGAUUUCGGGCAUACCAUGCGUUGCUGCUGCAUCACGAUAUACAGCUCCGGUUCAUAUUGACGUGGGCGGCUCAAUCUAUACAUCUUCACUGGAAACAUUGACUAAACAUCCGGAAAGUAGAUUAGCCCGUAUGUUCAAUGGAUCAAUACCGAUUGUGUUGGAUAGUCUUAAACAACAUUAUUUCAUUGAUCGUGAUGGUAAAAUGUUUCGUCAUAUAUUGAAUUUUCUUCGUACAAAUUCAUUGGUUAUACCAGAGAAUUUCGAUGAACUAGAUCUUUUUUAUGAAGAAGUAAAAUUCUACGAUAUUCAACCAUUACUCAGAUUACUUGAUCAAGUUCGAAAUAAACGAGCUCAAGAUUCACAUAGCCGUUGUUGUUCACCCAAUGAAAAUGGAAUGAAUGUUUCGAAAAAUUGUGCUCAAAAUCUUUCAACUAAACGUAUUCGUCUGGAUGAUUAUGGCGAAAUGAUUGAUCAGAAUAGAAUCAAUAGCAAUAAAAAGAAUAUUAAAACAAAUUUUAAACUUUCUAGCUCUUGUAUCAAUAGCAAUACUUCUGACAAUGCAGAUUCACCAAAAGAUUGUAGCCAAGAAAAUAAUGAAUAUAAUUAUCAAUGUUUAGCAGUGAAUAUAUCACCCGAACUUGGUGAACGUGUAUGCAUAAGCGGUGAACGAGCUUUGAUUGAAGAUGUCUUUCCAGAAAUUAGCCAAAACAUUAUGGAUUCAAAUAAAGCGGCCGUUUGGAAUCAAGAUUCAAAACAUGUGAUCCGUUUUCCUUUAAAUGGUUAUUGUAAAUUGAAUUCAUUGCAAACAAUUGUUCGUCUUCUUAAUUAUGGAUUCAAAGUGAUGGCUUCGAAUGGUGGUGGUGUUGAAGGUCAACAAUUUUCUGAAUAUCUCAUGGUACGCAAAUGUUCAUCAUCAUCAUCAUCAUCAUCUUCAUCAUCAUCUUGAAUCAUCAUCAAUAUAUGAAUUAGCCCAUCAUAGAAUGAAAAUCAAUACGCAUAAUUACAUUUUUUUAAAUAUAC